AUCACUACACUUUUGCGUUUUGUGUCCAAACGACCUUUUUAUUUUCAGUUUGCGCUGGCGGCGGCUUAGGUAUGGCCUGAUUUGUGGCAUUCCCUGCACAAUCGUUAACCGUUAUAUGGCCGCACGACUGAAAUUCUAUUCUCUUUUCCUUUCUCCUAUCGCCCAUGUACAUACUGCACAUAAUACUUUUCCGAUCCCUUUAUCCCUUUGAUUUUUGCUGCAUUUCGCAAAGCGUUAACCGAAUUGAACACAUUUACGUUCAUAUAUGGCAUACCUGAAAGACAUAGCGAAGGUAGCAGAUGGUUUGUCUUUGGUUGCCAAAGAGGCUGUUAACCGGCAACUGCGAAGUGACGGCGGUAACAACUUGCAAUCGUUACUUAAGAAGACCCUUCUCUCCGCCACCGACUUAACAGGUCUCACCAAGGGCAAAGUUCGGCAAAUCGACAAGGAGAUCAAUUCAAAUUCUGCUAAUUCGAAUAAACAAAGUGUCGUUUACUUUACUGAUGAUUCUCGCCCUCGACCUCCUCAACCUGAUGAGAAACCUAGCGCCUCUAGUUCUAGUACGUUCACUUCCGAGUCCGAGAUUGUGCCCCAAAUUGAACGCGAUUUAGCGCCGACCGAAGUUUCUGCAGCUGAAUUUUGUGAAUAUGUAGAGUCUCCGCCUCAAGCUGCUGCUGGGACAUCCUGCGAGGUUGAUCCUCAGAAAGAUUUAUCAUUCUCUUCUGAAAGUAAUGCUGCCGAGGCAGUGAGCCCUACUACUCCACAGCCGGUCAUUAAGAGGCAGAGGAAGCCCCGGGAGAGGAAAGUGCCGUCCACUUCUUUCUCUAGAGCGCUUGGGUUUGCGGGCCUUGGAGCUGGUCUUGCUUGGGGUACACUUCAAGAAUCUGCCAAGAGGCUUGUUUUUGGUACACCAAACUUGCAAGGGAAACAAUCUGCUCUAUCCCCCUAUCUAUCUGAGAAAAAUGCAGAACGUCUGGCUCUUGCAUUAUGUAGAAUGCGUGGAGCAGCUUUAAAAUUGGGGCAGAUGUUAAGCAUCCAAGAUGAAUCUGUGGUUCCAGCUCCGAUCUUAGCUGCUUUGGACGUUGUCCGUCAAGGUGCAGAUGUUAUGCCGAGGAGUCAGCUUAAUCAAGUGUUGGGCAGUGAAUUAGGUCAAGAUUGGUCAUCGAAGUUGAAGAGUUUCGAUUAUGAGCCGAUGGCAGCAGCAAGUAUUGGACAGGUCCAUCGGGCUGUUACAAAGGAUGGCAUGGAUGUUGCUAUGAAAAUACAGUACCCAGGUGUUGCUGAUAGCAUUGAGAGUGAUAUUGAUAAUGUGAAGCUUCUAUUAGGUUACACAAAUCUAAUACCAGAAGGGCUGUACCUAGAAAAUGCUAUGAAGGUGGCCAAAGAAGAACUCUCUCGUGAAUGCGACUAUGAGCUGGAAGCGCAGAAUCAAAAAAGAUUUGGCAUUCUAUUAUCUGGCACGAAGGGAUUUUAUGUUCCAGUGGUCAUAGAUGAUUUGUCAAGUAAACGAGUACUGACUUCAGAACUUGUCCCUGGAAUUCCAAUUGACAAGGUGGCGAUACUGGAUCAAGAGACUCGGAACUACGUCGGAAGGAAAUUGCUCGAGCUUACUCUGAUGGAGUUGUUUGUUUUUCGUUUCAUGCAGACCGAUCCUAAUUGGAGCAAUUUCCUCUAUGAUGAGUCUGCAAGAAUAAUCAACCUCAUUGACUUUGGAGCAGCUCGGGACUACCCCAAAAGUUUUGUGGAUGAUUAUUUGAGAAUGGUUUUUGCAUGCGCAAACAAUGACCGGGAAGCAAUAAUAAAGUUGUCUCAGAGGCUCGGUUUCCUCACAGGAGAAGAAUCUGAAAUAAUGAUGGAGACACAUGUCCAGGCAGGUUUUGUUGUGGGGUUGCCAUUUUCAAAGCUUGGAGGCUAUGAUUUUCGAGCUAACAAUAUUACCCAAAGCAUUUCAAAUCUUGGCGCUACGAUGCUGAGGCACAGGCUGACACCACCGCCUGAGGAAGCUUACAGUCUUCACCGUAAGCUUUCUGGAGCUUUCCUUGCUUGCAUAAAGCUCGGGGCUGUUGUGCCGUGCAGGGAACUCUUACUUGAAGUGUACGAGAAAUAUGAGUUUGGCGAAUAUGGUAACGAAAAAUGGGCAAGUGGAUCAGGGUCAUGAUGGAGAUCCUUCUUCCGCGCUGUAACUUGUCCUGCAGGUUCAAGAAUGAGGCAGAAAGUCCUUAAGAACAAGAAAGCCGACUAACAUGGUUUGGAAUGCAAUUAAAUGGCAGUGCCUGCAGCUCUAUUUGUGAUCGCAUUGGCUAUGCCUCCAUUUAGUGCAGUCUAUUUUUACACAAAAUCAUGAGUGACAUACAUCGAUUUAUGGUCCUUCCAGCACAACUUGCUGAAGUUCUGUUCCUGCUUUUCAGGAACUGAGGAAAUUUUUUUCUGAAUAAUACACUUUGAAAGGGGAACAUAUACAAAUGUGAGGUCUAUGGAGUUGCAAUAGGAAACUUUUAAGAGAAUAAGAUUGAAAAAUGUACUGUGUAAUUUUAGGCAUAUCUGUCUUCAAUAAAAACGCUGUUAGUUGAAUUUGCUGAAAAUAGUAUAUAACUUAACUUUGCUUUACAAGAAUACAGAAGCUAUGCCUCGACUCUUA